GUGCAUCCUUUGGAGCUUCUUUUUCUUCCGUUUCUUUAGGUGCAUCCUUUGGAGCUUCUUUUUCUUCCGUUUCUUUAGGUUCUUCUUUUGGAGCCUCUGUUACUUCUGCUCUAGGUACAAUUUUUGGUACACUUGGUGUCACUAUAUGCCCAUUUUUAGACACAUCACUUUCACCUACGAAUGACCAAGUAAUGGGUACUUCAUUAUCAUCAGGAUUAGAAAUUUUAUUCAAAACUUCGGGCGUCAAGCCCAAAUCACCAAAAGUACAUGUCGGACACUCAUAUUUUACUGAUACUAUGGCAUUUCCUUUUGGCCCUUUUAUGUUUAUAUGUUUGCCACAUCCAUUAAAUUGA